GGUGUCCGAUCCUUGCUGGAUCCCAAGUUAGACAACCCACCACCUCUCCUACCAUUAGCCCAACCCCGAGAGAAGGACGCGAGCAGCGGAGCGCCAAGUAGUAGAGAAGACCAAGAGAAACCCCGGGAAGCCAAAGCAGGUAAAGCCGGAGACGACGGGGCGAUUAAAGUUAAAGGAAUCCAAAAAGAUAAAGAACACGGAAGCAAAGAUAAAGAGGUACGUUUCGAGCUGUCCUCACCAGAAGAAGAAAAAGUCGAGGUUUCGAAUCCUGUGAGGGAGGAGAAAGAAAAAGAGAAAGAGAAGGAGAAAGAGAAGGAGAAGGAGAAAGAAAAAGAGAAGGAGCAAGAGAAGGAUCGGAACGACUCCGAGCCACGGCAGGAACAAGUCGAGCGAGAAGAAAAUAUGGCCGACUCAAAAGAAAAAUCUGGGACGAGUCCAGAUUCAGCGGGCGCCUCCAAAGACAGCGGAAGUGGCGCCAAGAGCGUUCUGGCUGACUACGCCGACGGGAAGUCAAAGGUCAACAUAUCCGGGAAUGAGUCGAGAGUCGAGCUGAUGGAGAAAGUUCUGGACAUGGAUGAUGAAAUUAUUGCUGAAGAGCCAGCGCCAUCUACAUAUCGCCACUGACCAGAUCCAAGGCCUGAAGGAACGAGUGAGCAUCCUGGAGGAGGAAUACGAGAGGCUGAAACAGGACUACGCCAAGCUCUAUGACGAGAUUGACAAGCCAAAAGAUAACAAGGAUGACGUCACUCCACAGACGUCCGACUCCGAUAAGACGCCAGAGAACAGCGUGGACAACGAGCUUCCGUUCGUAGCCAAGAAAAUCUCUGUGGUGGAGGCGCCG